CCCUCUAACAAUAUCCAAUCUUCACUCACUCUCUAAUUUACUACAGAAAAAAAAAAAGAUGAGUAGUGUUUUUUCAGAACACAAAUUCCAACUUCAACCCUCUCACCAACUUCUCUCCCUCAAGAAAUCCCUGAGGGACAUAGACAUCCCAGUCCCACCAAGGAAGCUCCUCACCCGCCGCUCCGCCGCCGUCCACGACGUCUCCGGCGACAUGUUUUCCGAUGACACCCUCCGGCACAAGUACCUUCCCCACAAUGGCUCCACCGACUCCUCCGACGAUGACUCCGGCGACCCCUACGCCUCCGAUCAAUUCCGCAUGUUUGAGUUCAAGGUCCGGCGCUGUACUCGCAGCCGGAGCCAUGACUGGACAGACUGUCCAUUUGUACAUCCCGGCGAGAAGGCCCGCCGUCGGGACCCUCGCCGGUUUCAUUACUCUGCAACAGUCUGUCCAGAGUUUCGCCGCGGUCAGUGUGACCGUGGCGAUGCAUGUGAGUUUUCUCAUGGGGUGUUUGAGUGCUGGUUACACCCUUCUAGGUAUAGAACCGAGGCUUGCAAGGAUGGUAGGAAUUGCAAGCGAAAAGUUUGCUUCUUUGCUCACACCCCUCGCCAACUCAGGGUUUUGCAUUCCAAUGAAAAUAGCAACAAGAAAAAGUGCACCAAUAUGAGCCCUCAUAACAACAACAACAACACCAACAAUUGUUGUUUGGUUUGCCAUUGCUCUUCUUCUACUCGUUCACCAACUUCAACCUUGUUCGGCAUGUCUCAUUUUUCUCCUCCAUUGUCACCACCUUCUCCUUCUUCCCCUUCUAGGUUUGAGACCAACCAUCAUCAUGGUGUUGUGAAAUAUAAUAAGGAUGUGCUCUCUGAGCUUAUGUGUUCCAUGGAGGGUUUGAAUUUUGGUGAGGCUUCACUUUUGUCUGCUGCUUCUAAGCCUCACAACAAUUUUUCUUCUUGGCUUGAUGUUUCUGAGGAUCACAAUCAAAAACAGUUCAGUACUCUUUCACCAACCAUCACUGCUUGUGGAAGCUUUUCCAACAACGGAAAUGGGAGAUUUUUGAGAGAAGAAAGUGGGGUUGUUGAUGAUGUUAUUUCCCCAGAUCUCGCAUGGGUGAAUGAAUUGCUGAUGUAGAUUAUAUGCAUUUGAAGAUGAUGAUGACAAAAAGUGGUUCGUGGUGGGAAUUGUGAUGAGGAUUUACCAAGUGUAAAUACAUGUUGGAGCUAGCAACAUAUAUUACAUCCUUGGCUUCUUUUCUUAUUAUUGUUUUAAGAAUAUUAUUGCUUUCUGAAUUUGUUUUAAGAUUUGUCAAAAUUAAAUUCUGUAAUUUUUAUGUCCAUUAAUUAGAUUUGAUCUUUUAUUCCGAGGAUUCUGUAGAAAGUGAAACUGAUUCUUGGAAUGGGAUGUUGAAUUUUUCUCUCUGUUUUG